UGUAAUUUGAUUACAAUGAAACGAAUGUUGGAUUUCGAGGUGAUUCGUUUGUUGAUUCUUCUUCUUCUUCUUGUCAAUCGAUCUCCAUUUUGUUCUGCUAUUCUGGAUCCUGUUGAUUUUUUGGCUUUACAGUCGAUUAGAAAAUCGCUAGAAGAUAUGCCUGGGUCUAAUUACUUUUCCUCGUGGGAUUUCACUUCUGACCCGUGUAAUUUCGCCGGAGUUUAUUGUGAAGGCGAGAAGGUUGUUGCGUUGAAUAUCGGUGAUCCACGCGCCGGUGCUCCUGGUUUAUCCGGUCGUCUUCAUCCUGCGAUCGGAAAGUUGACCGCCCUGGCGGAGUUUACGGUUGUUCCUGGUCGGAUCAUGGGCGCAUUGCCGGCGAGUUUAUCUCAAUUGAAGAAUCUCAGGUUUUUAGCAGUUAGUCGGAACUUUAUCUCUCACGAAAUUCCGGCGACAUUCGGUGAGCUUCGUCGGUUGAGAACACUUGAUUUGAGUUAUAAUCAGCUCACCGGUGGUGUUCCUUGGGCCGUCGGGAGUCUGCCGGCGUUAACCAAUCUUAUCCUCUGUCACAAUCAUCUAUCCGGUUCUAUACCUCCAUUCGUUUCCCAAACCUUAUCCCGGCUCGACCUCAAACACAACGACCUAUCCGGUUCAAUUUCACCCGGUUCACUCCCUUCUUCGUUACAAUACCUUUCUCUAUCCUGGAACCGGUUUUCCGGUCCAGUCGACCAUCUGUUACCUCGUCUCAACCGGUUAAACUACCUAGACUUAAGCCUGAACCAAUUCACCGGUCCAAUCCCAGGUUGCGUCUUCAGUUUUCCGAUCACCAACCUCCAACUCGAGCGAAACCAAUUUUCUGGACCGAUUUAUCCUGCCGGUUCGGUUUAUAUACAAACCGUUGAUCUUAGCCACAACAUGUUGUACGGAGAAGUCUCUCCGCUUCUCGCCACCGUAAAGAACCUUUACCUGAACAACAACCGGUUCACCGGUUCUGUUCCGACGGUUUUUGUGGACCGGUUAAUGUCCGGCAGCAUUCGACUUUUGUACCUACAGCAUAAUUUUUUAACCGGAAUGCCGAUUAACCCGAGGGCGGCGAUUCCUCUGAGUAGUUCGUUAUGCUUGCAGUAUAAUUGCAUGAUUCCACCGGUUCAGACUCCAUGCCCGAUUAAUGCGGGUACACAAAAGACCCGACCCACUUCACAGUGCAUGGAAUGGAAAGGGUAAAAUAGGGAAUUGCUCGUUUAGUUUUUUUUGCCUACUUAAUUAGUAUAAGAAAAUGAUUAUAUAACUUCUAAAUAAUUUUUGGAGGGUGUUUAAAUUCAUUUAAUUAAAUUUUUGAUGUCAAAAAUUUGGAAAAAAGGCUGAGAUUAUUAUCAUAAUCAUAAUAUAUAUAUAUUUCUU